UCAAACUACGAUAUGUACUUUCUGAUAUUGUUAAGACCUGGAUUACAAACUACUAUAAUGAAAUAACAUGACCGCGUUUCGAAAUCUACUUUUACAAUGACUCGGAAUCAAUGAGAACUGACGACAGACAUAGGGUUUAUUUUCUCCAGCUGUUCACUGGUGUCCAUUCGUCAUUCAGUCAUGCCUCUCCAUAAAUCUUCCCGAGCGUCCCGUCUGGACCCCACCAUGAUCUCUGCUCCGCUGGGCGACUUCCGCCACACCAUGCACAUCGGACGGGGCGGAGACGCUUUCGGGGACACCUCUUUCCUUUCCAAACACGGCCCCGCCUCCCCCGCGUCAGUCGACUCGAUCUCCGCGGCCCUGACGCCCACGGGGCAGGAGACGGCGCAGAACCACGGCUCGACAACGGACGUCGGCGGAAACUGCGUCGACAAAAACGACGCGACCCCCUCGAGCGAACUGCAGCACUCCGAGUCGGUCUCCUCGUUCGACCUGGACCUGGACCUGGGCCCGUCCAUACUGGGAGAUGUACUGGGAGUGAUGGACGGACUGGGACUGGACUCCAAGUGGAAGGACGGGGAGGAAGAUGUGUUUACUCUGAGCAGGAACGCGGAGGAUGAAGUGAAUGUGGCGAAAGAGUGGAAUGAGAGGAAGCCAGAGAGCGUGAGUAGAGCAGAGGAGGAGAAGCAGAGGGGAGCAACGGAGGAGCCGCCGCACGAUUCCAACGGCAGCGUGAAAUCCAAAGGCCUCCGCCCGAAAGUCCGCUUCAGCGAGAAACGGGACGAGAUCAUUGGGCGGCAAGACGAGGUCGUCGCGGAGGGGUCAGAGGUCGAGGGCGAAGAGGACGUGUGCGUAAGCCCGUGCACGGAGGGGCGGGAUCACAGCGAGGGGCCCCUGCAUGGCAAAACGCAGCAAGAGUCAGAACCAGCCAAUCACAGAGCAGAAUCGAGCCCAAGUCCCGCCUCCUCGCUAAGCUCAGAAUACGAGGGAGUGUCGCCGUUGGACAGGAGGAGAGCGGAGCAGCGUCUGUCAGAGACAGAUUCAGAGGAAGAGGAAGGUGUUGAAGGUCAGCGAGGUUACACGUUUGAGGAUGAAUUUGAUGAUGAGAUCGGCCUAUAGGGUGGCAGCAUUUGUGUCACGUGGACAAAUCAGAAGAGUCUGGUCUCUUUUUGGGGCAACCAAUCCGUGCACAGAGUACUUUUAAUCUUUUUUUUUUUAUAAAAUG